UACUGGUGGAAAAGGGGGGGGGAGAGACUUUGCAAGAACUAGUAACAUAUAUGUGUAUAUAUUUUUGUACAAAUCUCGAUUUCUGCAUAGUUUUCAUGGUUUGUUUCCUAUUUACUUAUUUUUUUUUGCAAGAUCUUGGGAGCAGACAGAAAACAGGAGGUGAGAAAUCUGAAGUGUUUUCAACUAUCAGUUCUAGCUCAUAAAUGAGGAUUUGUUUCUCCCUGGAGGGGUGAAGACAUUUUUAAGCGAUCAUACGCUGGGCCCCAUUUAAGAAUUCACACAUGCAUUCUCAAGUCGUGACCAGUGCAACUCUGCAUUGUUGGUGAUGUGGAUAGAACCCAAGAUUGAUCAAUCAAAAGGAAACGUCUUUUCUCACACUCCUUCUAAUUUUGGGGUGGAAAGGGAAUAAUAACAAAGAAGAAGAAUUAAAAAAAACAACAACAAAAACCAGGAUUUUUUUCCUUUUCCUGUUGCAACAAAGAAAAAAAAAUCAGGAAGUUAUUUUUGUGACAUACUCUGGAUUACUUUUGAGGAUUUAAUGCAAAUAUUUUCCUGUGAUUAGUUAGAAGGAAAUAAGGAAAAAAAACUUGGCGCUGGGCUCCAGCUUUACAAAUCCUAUAUAACCAGCCCCCCUGUUGUCGAGAAACGAUUGGAGGCUCUAGGAUUCAGCAGAUCGGCAAAAAGGAAAUAGAAAAAAAAAACAUCUUCAAGAAACCAUACAGUAUUCCAUCAUUUCCACCUCCCCAACCAAGGAAAAAACGAGGUUUUCCCCACUCACAGAAAGAGUGUGUUAAUUGUAUGUUGCUGCCGUCUCUUUCUUAUCAGUGUGGACAUUAUUUCCCAAUCGAAGCUGCUCUCAGAAAUCAUCAUGCUGCCACAGUGUGUGAGCUGUCAAGAUCAUAUAAUUAAAUAGUAUAUACAGAGUUCUAUCCAGGGAUACUACUGAUUCAUUGUUGUAUUCUUUGGAGAGAGAAGAAUAAAAACAACACGACACCUUCCGUCUCUCUUACUGGGAAACCUUAAUAUACUAAUAUUGAGAGAGAAGGGUUAGCCAUGGGACAAAGUGUAAUAGGGGGUGUGGGGUACCCCAAUAAUAACCCCAUUCCCAAGGUGGACUGGAGGUUCCUGCUGGGAGUUUUCGCCAUCUUAAGUAUGAUGUUCUGUGGCCAAACCAAUGGAGAAAUUUGCCGCAGUAUGGAUAUCCGUAAUAACCUGACUGAACUCUACGAUCUGGAGGACUGCACAAUCAUUGAGGGCCAUCUUCAGAUCUUACUUAUGUUUAACACCAAACCGGAAAACUUCAGAGGACUGAGUUUUCCAAAGCUCAUCAUGAUAACAGACUACCUCUUACUCUUCCGUGUCUAUGGUCUUGAGAGCCUCAAGGACCUCUUUCCCAACCUCACGGUCAUUCGUGGUACUCGCCUCUUCUUUAACUAUGCCCUGGUCAUUUUCGAAAUGGUUCAUCUGAAGGACAUUGGGCUUUACAGUCUCAUGAAUAUCACAAGAGGGUCAGUCAGAAUUGAGAAGAACAAUGAACUUUGUUACCUCUCCACCAUUGAUUGGUCCAGGAUUCUUGACUCAGUGGAAGACAAUUACAUCAACCUCAACAAAGAUGAUAAGGAAUGUGGGGAUGUGUGCCCAGGUAGUGCAAAGGGCAAGGUCAGUUGCCCUCAUACAGUGAUCAAUGGACAGCUUUUUGACCAAUGCUGGACACAGGACCACUGUCAGAAAGUGUGUAAUUCAGAGUGCAAAUUUCAUGGUUGUACAACAGCUAACCAGUGUUGCCACAGUGAAUGCCUGGGGGGCUGCAGCAAACCAAACGAUCCAUCUAAAUGUACAGCAUGCAGGCACUUUGUACACGAAGGGGUAUGUUUGGACUCCUGCCCUUCUAAUUCCUACCGUUUCCAGAGCUGGCGCUGCGUGAGUUUUGAAGAGUGCCAGGGGAUGCACCUAAGCUGCCGCAACUCAAAGCUAUGCUCUACCUCACAGCAUGUCAUACACAAGGGCGAGUGCAUGGCAGAGUGCCCAUCGGGGUACAUGAUCAACUCCACCACUCUGAAUUGCGCACCUUGUGCAGGCCCUUGUCCAAAGGUGUGUCCUAUUUUUCAAGAUGCAAAGAUCAUCGAUUCCGUGACUUCUGCUCAAGAGCUGAGAGGGUGCACUGUUGUCAAUGGGAGUCUAAUUAUCAACAUACGUGGAGGGAAUAACAUCGCUGCUGAACUAGAAGCUAACCUAGGUCUUAUUGAAGAGAUCACAGGAUAUCUGAAGAUACGGAGAUCAUAUGCAUUGGUGUCUUUGUCUUUCUUCCGGAAGCUGCGAGUAAUUAGGGGAAUGAAGUUGGAAGCUGGGAGUUAUUCUUUCUAUGCACUUGAUAAUACCAAUCUGCGCCAGUUGUGGGACUGGAGUAAGCACAAUUUGACAAUAAUACAUGGAAAACUCUUCUUCCAUUACAACCCGAGAUUGUGCCUGGCUGAAAUUCACCGUAUGGAGGAGAUUUCAGGAACUAAAGGUCGGCAAGACAAAACUGACAUUGCCAUCAGGACCAAUGGUGACCAGGCGUCUUGUGAGGAAGAUGUGCUUCACUUUAACCUAAUUAAAACUGGCUCUGAUAAGGUUUUGAUCAAGUGGGAAGCAUACUGGCCACCAGAUUACAGAGACCUGCUGGGUUUCAUGCUUCAGUACAAGGAAGCCCCCUACCAGAACGUGACAGAAUUUGAUGGUCAGGAUGCCUGUGGUUCCAAUAGUUGGACCGUAGUGGAUGUCGAUCCCCCAUUACGCAGCACAGAUGGCAAAACACAGACAUCACCAGGAUGGCUUCUCCGUGGACUUAAACCAUGGACACAGUAUGCAGUAUUUGUAAAGACACUUGUGUCCAGCUCAGAUGAGAGGAGAACAUAUGGUGCAAAGAGUGAUAUCAUAUACAUCCGUACAAAUGAAACUACUCCCUCUGUUCCUCUGGAUCCAAUCUCUGUGUCCAACUCAUCCACACAAAUUAGCUUAAAGUGGAAGCCACCAUCUGAGCCUAAUGGAAAUGUCACCCACUACUUGGUGUACUGGCAGGAGCAGCCUGAAGACAGUGAGCUGUAUGAAUUGGAUUAUUGCAACAAAGAUAUAAAGAUACCCUCCAGGAAGUCGACACCUCCCCAAGAAACCGAUGAAUCACUUAAAACCAAUGGAACUGAAACUAAAGAUUCAAAUGCUGUCUGCUGUUCCUGUCCUAAAAGCGACUCUCAGAUUCAAAGCGAACAGCUAGAACAGGCUUUUCGGAAAACAUUUGAAAAUUAUCUGCACAAUGAGGUCUUUAUACCAAGACCGUCAAGGAAACGCCGUGAUCUAUUUGGGAUUGCCAACGGAACUCUUUCUGACCAAGUCUCACCUCCACCUCUAUCCAAUGCUUCCUCUACUCGAAACCCUGAAGAUCUGGAGACAAAGAAGCAUUCUCAAAAAGUCUGGUUCAAGGAAUCACUUGUGAUUUCUGGUCUCGGGCAUUUUACUGCUUACCGUAUAGAGAUUCACGCCUGCAACCAUGAAAUUACCAAUGGCUGCAGUGUAGCAGCUUAUGUUAGUGCCAGGACCAGGCCAGAAGAUAAAGCUGACAACAUUGUAGGUCCUAUAACUUAUGAGCGCUUAGAACACAACAUCAUCCAUCUUAUGUGGCACGAGCCAAAAGAUCCAAAUGGACUGACCAUUUUGUAUGAGGUGCAUUACUCUAGACUUGGAGAACCUGAGGAACAAAAGACCUGUGUGUCCCAGAAACAAUAUAAGGUGGACAGAGGGACGAAGCUACGAAUAGCUGUCCCAGGAAACUACAGUGUGAAGAUCCGGGCCACAUCUCUUGCUGGAAAUGGUUCCUGGACAGACACCACGUAUUUCUAUGUGUCAGACCAAGUACACACGCCGACCAGCAUCCUGAAGAUUGUCAUUGGUCCUGUUAUCAUUGUCAUUGCUCUCCUGUUCCUCCUGACCUUCUGUUUUAUUCAGAAAAAGAAAGAAGCUGAAGGCCCAACUGGACCAUUGUACGCAUCUUCUAACCCUGAAUAUUUGAGUGCCAGUGAAGUAUACGUACCGGACGAGUGGGAAGUCCCACGUGAAAAAGUCAACUUGCUAAGAGAGCUGGGGCAGGGCUCCUUUGGAAUGGUGUAUGAGGGAAUUGCAAAGGACAUUAUUAAGGGAGAACCAGAGGUGCAUGUGGCUGUGAAAACUGUGAACGAGUCUGCAAGUCUCCGAGAAAGAAUAGAAUUCCUAAAUGAGGCGUCUGUCAUGAAGGGAUUCACCUGUCACCAUGUGGUCCGCCUCGUAGGUGUUGUUUCUAAAGGCCAGCCUACACUUGUGAUUAUGGAGUUGAUGGGACAUGGGGACUUAAAAAGCUAUUUGCGUUCACUGCGCCCUGAUGCAGAAAAUAACCCAGGCCGCCCAGCUCCUACCCUCAAAGAAAUGAUCCAGAUGGCAGCUGAGAUUUCCGAUGGCAUGGCAUACCUUAAUGCCAAAAAGUUUGUACACAGAGAUCUGGCUGCCCGUAACUGCAUGGUGGCAGAGGAUUAUACUGUAAAAAUUGGCGAUUUCGGAAUGACCCGUGAUAUAUACGAAACUGACUAUUACAGGAAGGGGGGGAAAGGUCUGUUACCCGUCAGGUGGAUGUCCCCCGAAUCCCUGAAAGAUGGAGUAUUUACCACCUUCUCAGAUGUUUGGUCCUUUGGAGUGGUUCUGUGGGAGAUAACAAGUUUAGCUGAGCAGCCAUAUCAGGGACUUUCUAAUGAACAGGUCCUCAAAUUUGUAAUGGAUGGUGGUUACCUUGAAACGCCAGACAACUGCCCCCCAAGAUUGAACAGUCUGAUGCAGAUGUGUUGGCAAUAUAAUCCCAAAAUGAGGCCGACCUUUCUGGAGAUUAUCGACAUGUUAAAGGAUGAUCUCCAUCCCAGUUUUCAGGAGGUCUCCUUCUACUACAGUGAUGAGAACAAGCCACCUGAGACAGAUGAUCUUGACAUUGAUUUUGAAAACAUGGAGAGCACCCCUCUGGACCCCUCCUCCUGCUCUCUGCGAGAUGAUGGACCCAGAGGGAACAUCUACGAGGAACACAUCCCAUAUACACAUAUGAAUGGUAGUAGAAAGAAUGGACGCAUCCUGUCUCUGCCUCGUUCCAGUCCAUCCUAACAUUUAGAACCCUUUGAAGCAUAACUAUCCUCCGUCAAAUCUCAGGACAGAACAAUACCCAUAGCUAGGACAUCAAAACACCAAUGCCUAAUCAGGUUUUCAAUUGUUUCAUUGUCCUAUUUUACUCAUUAUUAGUUACAUUUUUUUGCCAGUUUUGAUAGGCUGAUUAUAGGGGCAAACCUGUGAACAGAUAUAGGGACAGUGGAAAUGCUUAUUCACACACUUUCUCUCUCAAAGAGGCCUGUCUAUUUCCAGUGGUUCUUAACCAGCAAGUAUGCAUUAAUACAUACAUACAUAAAUACAGGUGGAGAAAGAAGAAAUAAGUCCGAAUCUGGAUUACAUUAAAGCACUCAUCUGGAUUACUUUAAUGUGCAAAAAAAAAAGAGAAUAUUAGUUUCUAUACAUUUAUAAAACUGAAGUUCUCACAGAAGGGUUUAUUUAAAAUCCAUCAUCUGUGGUGAAAUCUGGUUUUUGCAACAGCAGUAAAUGAGUACAAGUAAAAUUAUUGGUGUUUAUUCACCUCGGAACUUAGAAUCCAACUCCUUUCUCCAAGAGCCAGUAGGGAACUAAAAGUACAAAUGUAAAAGAAAAGAUUUUGGAAAAUCAAGCUAGACACACCUCACACAGAAAGAUUGGCUUGUCAUGGUGAAGAUCAGAGGCGCUCACGGUCCCGUACCACCGGUCUUACUCUGCAGAAACAAAACUCAUGUUGGAUGUCUAAAUGGAGGAGCACACGCUAGAUUGAUGAAUUUGUUUCCCCUCUAGCAAAUGAGUGGGUUUUUUAUUGACUUCUUAAUGGAAGCUUCCGAGGUGGGGCUGAGAGGAUGGGAGAAAUGUCUCUUCCAAAGGUUGAAACUAAUCUUUGGGGAUGGUUGCUUUGUUGCUAUUUUUUUUUUUUUUUUGUCAGAUGUUUUUAUCAGACCAAAACAGAGGGAUUUCUCAUCAUCCCCUAUUCUUCACCUUUCCAAUCUGAAGGCAUCGUGUGUAGUUCUAUCAACAUUUUAAUUUUGUUUUCUGUUCACACAGCAGUGGAGGCGGGCCAGGUAACUGCAAUCAAAUGCAGCUGUUUAAUAAAUUAUUUAAACAGUUUAUAAGCCACACACCCAGGUGACUUAGGACCUUUUCAGUACAGAGAGGGUUAUGUAGAAAAUACUGAACCACCUCACUGCCUUGGCUGCUUUGUAUGUCUCUCAGGCAGAUAAGGGGGAUAAUUGGUCACUAUUAGCUUCUGUGGUUCAUAGCAAACUUUUUGUUUGUGUUUUCUUUUUAUUUUAUUUGAGAUCAGGAUUCCUGUCUGGUGUGUAUACUUUAACAACUUAAUAUAUAGCAGUUGCUUUUUUUUUUCCUUAUUUUUUCUUUUUAAUAACUGUGAUUAAUAUUAUUAUUUUUGUAUCAUUAUUUUAAUAGGGGUUUUAUUGGUCAAGCCUUCCCUGUUGCAAAAUCUAGACAUAUGUGGAAAAUAUUUUCUUUUUGUUGUUACCAAUACAUCAGGAUUUUUUUUUGUUUUUUAAUUUUAAAAUUUUUAUUUAAUAUGUAGCCUAUUGUAUAUCUUGGGGUUGACAUAUGCGUGGGUCAGUUAAGUAUGUAUCUGUGUGUGUGAAAAUAUAUGUACAUAAAAUAUGUACAUAAAUACCCAGUCACAGAAAAUUUUCAACAGGCGUGGAGUAUAUAUAUAUAAAGUAGUAUGGUAUUUCCUUUGAUAUCACAUCCAUUAUUAAGAUUUAAAAAAAACAAAAAAAACAGAAACAAGUUUAAGAAAGGAGAAAAAAAAAAUCACCCCAACCCAAAACAAAAGACCCCAUCUACCCUAAUCCCAGAUCACUACUACUAUGCGUCACCAUGGUUGACUAGUUACUAUAUUAACCAUUAAACACCCCCUUCAUUGCCAUGUGCCAUACAAACAAAUAAUCAGUUAUUUUUCAUUUCUGUUACUGAACUGUAUAUAAGUAAAGGAGUAGUAAACAAUGUUAAAACGUGUAAGGAUAUGCUUUUUAAAACAAUCACUCCCCAUAAUUUUGAAUUUUUGUUUAAAUAAUAACUACCCGUAUAUUUUAGUUUAGAGCAAUUAGGGAUAUGAUAUUCAUAAGUAUUAAUUCAUUUAACUCUUCCACCAGACCCCUUCUAUUUAUUUACAUAACCAUUCUCAUUUUUUUCAAUAUUACUUCUUCUUAUAAUUAAUGCAAUCACAGCUUCUAUGAACUUAUGUAAUUCCAGGCUGAUGUAUCAGGAUGCUAUAAGAGUUAUCUGGUAUCUUCAGAACUGAAGCGAUAGCUAAGUGCCCCCUUUUGCUUCAUAUCUGGCUUUCAAUAACAGUAUUGUGCUCCAUAAAAGUUACAAAUUCAACACAUUAACAUUCUCAAAUCCCUCUCUAUAGCUAUAUAGCUCUAAGUCAAAGGCUAAAAUCAAGGGAUUCGUUUUUAACUUUUAAAAAAGUCUAAAAUAUCUCCUAACAUUUUAUUUUCUUUAAAAAAAUUAUCAAGGCACACAGUCUUGAUUUUAGCAUAAUUCAUUGCUAUAUGCUGCCGCAGUUUUGUAUAUAAUCUUUUACUGCAGAAAGGCUGGAAGCUGCUGUUGCUGCUACUAUCAAAAAAACAA